AUGCUGGAAUUACAGUCUUUGAUACGCAAACGCUGCCGCCACCCGGGUCCCUCAGUCCUCUUCUGGGGGCGGGUCCACUGCUAGUUCCGCCCCCGCUCAGGUACCUAUACCUCUGGUAGGUGCCCGGGAGUCUCAGGGAUCUCGGCCCUGCGGUCAGGCGGGCCCCUGGUCCCUACAUGGUCCCUGGCUACCAGCAAUGAAGGGUGCCCAGGAGGACGUCCCUGGGUCCGAAGAGCCUGUGGACUCGGCCCGGAGCCCCGAGGUGGGGCCUCCUGAGGAGUCGGAGGACUGUGCUCGGUCCCCGGAGGCGGCCCCCAAGAAACUUUGUGGGUAUUUAAGUAAGUUUGGUGGUAAAGGGCCCAUCCGGGGCUGGAAAACUCGCUGGUUCUUUUACGACGAGAGGAAAUGCCACCUGUAUUAUUCGCGGACAGCGCAGGAUGCUAAUCCCCUGGACAGUAUCGACCUCUCCAGUGCGAUCUUUGACAGCAAGGCGGACGCUGAGGAGGGGACUUUCGAAAUCAAGACCCCCAGCCGGGUUAUCACCUUGAAGGCCACCACCAAGCAAGUGAUGCUGUACUGGCUGCAGCAGCUGCAGAUGAAACGCUGGGAGUUCCACAGUGGCCUGCCUGCACCUCCUGCUGCCCCUGAUGCUGGCCCAGCUGGGAAUGGGCCUGUCCUGCACCUCGAGCUAGAGCAAGAGGAGGCGGAGCUGAAGGAGUUCCUGUGCCCUGUGAAAACGCCCACUGGGCUUGUGGGUGCCACAGCUGCCUUCCAGCCAGUCCCUGCCAUGCCCCUGGGCCUUCAGAACAUCUCCAUCAAGCACUUGGGAACUGAAAUUCAAAACACUAUGCAUACCAUUCGUGGCAAUAAGCACACCCAAGGAACCAGCCUUGGGCUUCUCAUGGAAGAGUCUCCGCCAAGUGGGGAGCAGCCCUCAGCCCCUGACUCCAGCACCCCAGGGAAGGAAGCAGCAGAUUCUCCAAAGCCUGGACCCAAGUCCUCUCUGCCUGCCAGUCUCCCGCAGAAGAACAAGCGCCAGAGCAACACCUUCCCAUUCUUUUCCGAAGGGCUGGUGCGUAACCGGACAGCUCAAGAGAAGGUGGUGGCCUUGGAGCAGCAGGUGCUGGUGCUCACCAAAGAGUUAAAGUCUCAGAAGGAGCUGGUGCAGAUCCUGCACAAGGCGCUAGAGGCUGCGCAGCAGGAGAAGAGGGUAUCCAGUGCGUACCUGGCUGCAGCUGAGGAUAAGGACCGGCUAGAGCUGGUACGGCACCAGGUGCGGCAGAUCACAGAGCUGAGCCGGAGAGUGGAGACCCUGGAGAAGGAGCGAGAAAGUUUAACACAUUCAGUCAGCCUUCGAGAGCAAGAGGUGCAGGAGCUGCAGGAACACGUGCAGCUGCUCAUGGACAAGAACCAAGCCAAGCAGCAGGUCAUCUGCAAGCUCUCUGAGAAGGUCACCCAGGACUUCACGCAGCUCCCCAGUGAACCCCACAUGCCUCCCACCCCUGCUGACAGGGACCUCCUAAGCCAGCAGGAGAGGAUGGAGCACCUGAAGGAUGACAUGGAAGCAUACCGGACCCAGAACCGCUUCCUCAACUCUGAGAUCCACCAGGUCACUAAGAUCUGGAGGAAGGUGGCUGAGAAGGAGAAGGCCCUGCUGAUGAAGUGCGCCUACCUCCAAGCCAGGAACUGCCAGCUGGAAAGCAAGUACCUGGCCGGGCUUCGGAGGCUGCAGGAGGCCAAGGCCAGCGAGUGCUCUGAGCUGCUGCGGCAGUUCAUCCAGGAGGCGCUGCAGUGGGAAGCAGGCACGGCCUCAGGGGACAGCGUGGAGCUGAGCCCUGUCAGUGAGUAUGAUGAGUAUGGCUUCCUGACAGUACCUGACUACGAGAUGGAAGACCUGAGGCUGCUGGCCAAGAUCCAAGCGCUGGAGGUACGCUCCCACCACCUGCUGGAGCUCGAGGCUGUGGAGCGGCCGCUGCGGCAGCGCUGGGCUGCCCUGAGCGAACUGACACCGUCGGCCGAACUGAAGCAGCUGCUGCGGGCAGGAGUGCCCCAUGAACACCGGCCACGUGUCUGGAGGUGGCUGGUCCAUCGCCGCAUCCAGCACCUGCACACCCCGGGCUGCUACCAGGAGCUGCUGAACCAGGGUCGGGCCUGUGAGCAUCCUGCUGCCCGCCAGAUCGAGCUGGACCUGAACCGGACUUUCCCCAACAAUAAGCACUUCACUUGUCCCACCUCCAUCUUCCCUGACAAGCUGCACCGGGUGCUGCUGGCCUUCUCCUGGCAUAACCCCACCAUCGGCUACUGCCAGGGCCUGAACAGGCUGGCAGCCAUCGCCCUGCUCGUCCUGGAGGACGAGGAGAGUGCCUUCUGGUGCCUGGUGGCCAUCGUGGAGAGCAUCAUGCCAGCAGAGUAUUAUGGCAAGACCCUUAUGGCGUCCCAGGUGGACCAGAGGGUGCUCCAGGACCUCCUCUCGGAAAAGCUGCCACGGUUGAUGGCCCACCUGGGGCAGCACCAUGUGAACCUCUCCCUAAUCACCUUCAACUGGUUCCUCGUGGUCUUUGCAGACAGUCUCAUCAGUGACAUUCUCCUGCGGGUCUGGGAUGCAUUCCUGUAUGAGGGAACCAAGGUGGUGUUCCGCUAUGCUCUGGCCAUUUUCAAGUACAAUGAGGAACCAAUCCUGCAGCUGCAAGACAGCCUGGAGAUCUAUCAGUACCUGCGCUUCUUCACCAAGACCAUUUGUGACAGCCGGAAGCUGAUGAACAUCGCCUUCAACGAUAUGAACCCCUUUCCCAUGAAACAGCUGCGGCAGAUGCGGAUGGCCCACUGGGAGAGGUUGGAGGCUGAGCUUCGGGAACUGGAGCUGCUAAAGGCCAAGUACCUGGAGAAGCAGGCAUCCCGGGGUGACACAAGGCCUGAGGGUGGUGCCAGCGAGGAUGAAGGGGAAGGUGAUGUCUGACCUGGCCGGUCCCCUCCCCAAAGCCUUUCUCACCCCUGGGAGUUGUUCAGAGCCCAUUUCCAUGUGGCCCUGGAUAAGUCCCUUCUCUCCCCAGGCCUUGGUCUCCUGAGCAGGAUAUUAUGGUGAAGCCAUUGGUUGGGUUACCUCUCAAAGGGCACUGACUCGGAUGCCACCCUGCCUCCCCUCUCCACAGAGCACUGUAACAUUCUCUAAGUUACAUCUAUAUAAAGCAGUGUCAGUACUGGAAAUCA